CUCGAUGCCCGCCGCCCGGCCUCGCUGCUGCCGGGCCCGCCUUAUCCCUACGACAGAAGUGGAGCGGAUCUGCCCUGUAGCCUAGCCCAGCUAGAGAACCUGUGCAAGCAGCUGUAUGAGACCACAGACACUGCGACACGGCUCCAGGCAGAGAAGGCCCUGGUUGAGUUCACCAACAGUCCCGACUGCCUGAGCAAGUGCCAGCUGCUUCUAGAAAGAGGGAGUUCGUCCUACUCCCAGUUACUGGCAGCUACAUGCCUUACCAAGCUCGUGUCACGCACAAACAACCCGCUACCGUUGGAGCAGCGAAUCGAUAUCCGAAACUAUGUGCUCAACUACCUUGCCACCAGGCCGAAGCUGGCCACGUUUGUCACACAAGCACUGAUCCAGCUGUAUGCCAGGAUCACUAAGUUGGGCUGGUUUGACUGUCAGAAGGAUGAAUAUGUCUUCAGGAACGUGAUCACAGAUGUCACAAGGUUCUUGCAGGAUAGUGUAGAACACUGCAUCAUAGGAGUGACAAUCCUGUCCCAACUAACUAAUGAAAUUAAUCAAGCUGAUACAACUCAUCCACUGACCAAGCACAGGAAAAUAGCCUCUUCCUUCCGAGAUUCAUCUUUAUUUGAUAUUUUCACACUGUCAUGCAAUUUACUGAAACAGGCUUCUGGGAAGAACCUGAACCUAAAUGAUGAGAGCCAGCAUGGUCUGCUCAUGCAGCUUCUAAAGCUCACUCAUAAUUGCCUGAACUUUGAUUUCAUUGGCACGUCAACGGAUGAGUCCUCAGAUGAUCUUUGCACUGUGCAGAUCCCAACCAGUUGGAGAUCAGCAUUCUUGGAUUCUUCGACCCUUCAGCUGUUUUUUGAUCUUUAUCAUUCCAUCCCUCCUUCGUUUUCUCCUCUGGUUUUGUCCUGUUUAGUGCAGAUUGCCUCUGUACGCAGAUCCCUCUUCAACAAUGCAGAACGAGCAAAGUUUCUGUCUCAUCUCGUUGAUGGAGUCAAGCGAAUACUGGAAAACCCCCAGAGUUUAUCAGACCCAAACAACUACCACGAGUUCUGCCGAUUGCUGGCCCGAUUGAAAAGCAAUUACCAGCUGGGAGAGCUGGUGAAGGUGGAGAACUAUCCCGAGGUCAUCCGACUCAUUGCCAACUUCACCGUGACCAGCCUGCAGCACUGGGAGUUUGCACCAAACAGUGUUCACUAUCUGCUGAGCUUGUGGCAGCGGCUGGCAGCGUCGGUGCCCUACGUGAAAGCCACUGAGCCUCACAUGCUGGAAACAUACACACCAGAAGUCACAAAAGCGUACAUCACAUCCAGACUGGAAUCUGUGCACAUCAUAUUGAGGGAUGGUUUGGAGGAUCCACUGGAUGACACUGGCCUCGUGCAGCAGCAGCUGGAUCAGCUCUCCACCAUUGGCCGGUGUGAGUAUGAGAAGACGUGCGCUCUGCUCGUGCAGCUCUUUGACCAGUCAGCCCAGUCCUACCAGGAGCUGCUGCAAAGUGCCACCGCCAGCCCCAUGGACGUUGCUGUGCAGGAAGGGCGCCUGACGUGGCUGGUCUACAUCAUCGGGGCAGUGAUUGGUGGUAGGGUCUCAUUUGCCAGCACAGAUGAGCAGGAUGCGAUGGACGGCGAGCUGGUUUGUCGGGUGCUGCAGCUGAUGAACCUGACAGACUCGAGGCUGGCACAGGCUGGCAAUGAGAAGUUGGAGCUUGCCAUGCUGAGCUUCUUUGAGCAGUUCCGGAAGAUCUAUAUUGGAGAUCAGGUGCAGAAGUCUUCCAAGCUGUACCGCCGUCUCUCAGAGGUCCUGGGGCUGAACGAUGAGACCAUGGUCCUGAGCGUCUUCAUAGGGAAAAUCAUCACCAACCUGAAGUACUGGGGUCGAUGUGAGCCUAUCACCUCCAAGACGCUGCAGCUGCUCAACGACCUCUCCAUUGGGUACAGCAGCGUCAGAAAGCUGGUGAAGCUGAGCGCUGUGCAGUUCAUGCUGAACAAUCACACGAGUGAGCACUUUUCCUUCCUGGGCAUUAACAAUCAGUCCAACCUGACUGACAUGAGAUGUCGGACUACGUUCUACACGGCACUUGGGCGUCUUCUCAUGGUGGAUUUAGGAGAAGAUGAGGAUCAGUACGAGCAGUUCAUGCUUCCCCUGACAGCUGCCUUUGAGACUGUGGCACAGAUGUUCAGCACAAAUACUUUCAAUGAACAAGAGGCAAAAAGAACUUUGGUUGGUUUGGUGAGAGACUUGAGGGGAAUCGCCUUUGCCUUCAACGCCAAGACCAGCUUCAUGAUGCUGUUUGAGUGGAUCUACCCAUCCUACAUGCCAAUCCUGCAGCGGGCGAUUGAGCUCUGGUACCACGACCCAGCCUGCACGACGCCUGUCCUCAAACUGAUGGCUGAGCUGGUACAUAACAGAUCCCAACGGCUGCAGUUUGACGUGUCCUCACCGAACGGCAUCCUGCUCUUCAGAGAGACCAGUAAAAUGAUAACUACUUAUGGAAAUCGUAUCCUAACGCUUGGGGAGGUCCCAAAGGAUCAAGUCUACGCCUUGAAGCUGAAGGGGAUUUCCAUCUGCUUCUCUAUGCUGAAGGCCGCACUGAGUGGGAGUUACGUCAACUUCGGGGUCUUCCGUCUGUACGGGGAUGAUGCACUGGACAAUGCCUUGCAAACUUUUAUCAAGCUUCUGCUUUCCAUCCCUCACAGCGACCUCCUGGACUACCCCAAACUCAGCCAGUCGUACUAUUCCUUGCUGGAAGUUCUUACCCAGGACCACAUGAACUUUAUAGCCAGUCUGGAGCCUCAUGUAAUCAUGUAUAUUCUCUCUUCCAUUUCAGAAGGCCUCACUGCACUGGACACCAUGGUUUGCACAGGCUGCUGCUCCUGUUUGGACCACAUUGUCACCUAUCUCUUCAAGCAGCUGUCUCGCAGCACCAAGAAGAGGACCACACCUCUGACCCAGGAGAGCGACCGCUUCCUGCACAUCAUGCAGCAGCACCCCGAGAUGAUCCAGCAGAUGCUGUCAACAGUGCUGAAUAUCAUCAUCUUUGAAGACUGCAGGAACCAGUGGUCGAUGUCUCGGCCUCUGCUCGGCCUGAUACUGCUCAAUGAGAAGUACUUCUCCGACCUGAGGAACAGCAUUGUGAACAGCCAGCCCCCGGAGAAGCAGCAGGCCAUGCACCUCUGCUUUGAGAACCUCAUGGAGGGCAUCGAGCGCAACCUCCUCACCAAGAACAGGGACAGGUUCACACAGAACCUGUCGGCGUUCAGACGGGAGGUGAACGACUCCAUGAAAAACUCCACCUACGGAGUCAACAGCAACGACAUGAUGAGCUGACAGCUCCCAGCUCCUCCUGCACGGCGCAGCAUCUCUUUGGCCCGGCCCAGAGGGGUUCCCGUUUUCCGAUGGAAAGAAAAGAAGGGGCGUUUUCUAAUCCCUGCUCUCCCCCAGGGCUGAGCUGCGGCGCUGCUUUGGCCCCGUGCUCCACGUCCAUAGGGAGGAAGGGAGCAGGAGGGGUUGAUCGGCGGGGGCAGGGUGCUUCUGUUUCCGUGGGAGGGGGUGGAAGGGCAGCGAUCGGCGCCGGCACGGCGGCCCCCGACCCGCACACGUCGGCUGCAGCCCCCGCCUUGUAUAAAACAUGUACAUUUUUUCAUAAACAUUUUGAACAAGGUUUAUAUUGACUCGAGGUUU